GCUAUCAAAGCAACAGCAGCAGCAGCAGCUGCUGCACAAUAUAAGAACCACCGCGGGCCAGAAGUCGGCACAGAAUUGACUGUGCGUCCUCAAAGUGAAUAAAAACAACCGACUCGAUUUUUCCUGCCGUUUCAGCCUCAUACAGGACCGUAAAGAUGCGUAUGCUUACAGCCGUUGUGGCCUUAUUUGUGGCUUCUGUAGCAGGACAAAAGUACGCUCAACAAGAGGCGUACGGACCUCCUCAACCCUAUCAAUACGUAUAUUCGACGCAGGACGCUGAGGGAACGUCGAAUGCUGAGGAAAGCUCCGAUGGAUCCGGUCGGAUCACCGGCAAGUACACCAUCUCGCUCGCUGACGGCCGCCAACGCACCGUGUCAUAUUGGGCUGACGAGACCGGCUUUCAUGCCGACGUCAUCACUAACGAACUCGGGACAGAGUCGAAGAACCCUGCCGAUGUGACCAUUCAGUCGUCCGCUCCGACCGGACCCGAGGCUGCCCUUGCGUUCGACUCGCAACGCGUCAAGGCCCGCGCAUCGUACAUCGCCCCAUCUUACCUGCCGGCUCCAGCUGCCCAUGGCUUCGCCGCUCUCCGACCAGUCCAUGCCGCAGCAGGACUCUUCCGCAAGCGUGCCUAAGCUCUUAGUGGGAUUUCCAAUAUAUCGUUUUCGCUAUCGGUAAUAUCUCCGUCUCGCUUUCGAGUCCAAUAAAUAUCUCCGCCUACGAUGCCCUCAAUUCAGCUGUCUCUCGUGCUCGUGAUGCUCACCAUUCUUGUUUGUUUCCCUUGUUUGAUCAUGUCCUUUAUCCCCACUUUUACCUCUUCAAUUUCUCUCUUUUUCGCUGCCGCUUCCUUCUGACUCCUUCUCUGAGAUACCCCCGGUUCAAUUCCAUCGUGUGAGCGCUACAGUAUCUCUGUUAUCUGAGCUUUUCAUUUAAACACUUCCAUUUUAUUAUAUCACCAUUUGCUCUACAUAGUGGUAAAAACUGCCGCAAUGACUACGGGAGAAUUUCAUUCUUACAAUUCUCUUUUUUCUAACACGGCGGAUCACGUACAUCCUUCCUUUCUUGUUUAUGGUUAUCUACUACAUUUUGGUAGCACUUGCACACUAUACGUCUUUUCAAUUACCACAAACAUCACCGAAAAUGUCUACUCUUUUUCCCUUUGAUACAAAUCUACCAUGAAUUUAUUUGUUGAUAUAGAUGGCAUUUACAUUUGUUUCGCCUCUUACUAGUCACGCGUCUUUUUUUACAAUGGUUCACUGUAAUUGCUCGUAUUGUAUGCUGUGUAGGCCAGCCUUUGUCACGCCACACAAGUCCUUGCCAAAAACCAUGAAACCUCAAUUUGGCGAAACCUUGUUCUAAUACUUUCGGGCCGGCGCAACCAUCUUUUCCAAUGUGCCAAAGCCGCUUGGCCCACAUAUGAUAACCGCUCGCUUACUGACUCCACGCAUGUCGGAUCGUUUACCGGUAACUUGCCUCGACUUUAUUUCCCUCGAAGUAUGUUGAAAAUACAUUAGUCUCUUUUCUUGUAACAGCAUCA